UCUUCCCUCCGCAAUUCGCCCUCCGUCUCUCGAUCCCUCCUCGAUCACCUGAUGCCGAUCGCCGCCGAGCCACAGCAAGCAGAGAAGGUAAUCGAUGGGGAUCUUGAGUUUUCCAGGGUUCCUUGCAAGUCUCCUCCGAAGGUUUCAGCCGCGGAGAGGCGAUGGAAGGUUGAUGAUUUUGAUAUCGGCAAGCCUCUCGGAAGAGGAAAGUUUGGUCAUGUCUACCUGGCCAGGGAAAAGAGGAGUAACCAAAUUGUGGCAUUGAAAGUGCUCUUCAAGAGCCAGCUCAAACAAUCUCAAGUCGAGCAUCAGGUGCGGCGUGAAGUGGAGAUACAGAGUCACCUCCGGCACCCAAACAUACUGCGCCUAUACGGUUAUUUCUAUGAUGAGGCUCGUGUUUACUUGCUAUUAGAAUAUGCGGAAAAAGGUGAACUUUACAAGGAAUUGCAGAAGUGCACAUACUUCAGUGAAAGGCGCACCGCUACUUACAUUUCAUCUUUAGCGCGAGCUUUGAUAUACCUCCAUGGGAAGCAUGUGAUACAUAGAGAUAUCAAGCCAGAGAAUAUACUGAUCGGGCUUCAGGGUGAGCUGAAAAUUGCGGAUUUUGGGUGGUCAGUUCGCACGUUCAACCGCAGGCAGACCAUGUGUGGAACACUGGAUUACCUUCCACCUGAAAUGGUGGAAAGUGCAGAACAUGAUGCUAAUGUGGAUAUUUGGAGCUUGGGCAUAUUAUGCUACGAGUUCCUUUAUGGGGUUCCCCCAUUUGAAGCAAAGGAACAUUCAGAUACAUACAUAAGGAUAGUAAAUGUUGAUCUCAAGUUUCCCUCGAUACCAAUUGUUUCUCCUGGUGCAAAGGACCUUAUCAACCAGAUGCUUGUCAAAGAUUCAUCACAACGACUUCCACUUCACAGGCUGCUUCAGCAUCCAUGGAUUGUCCAAAAUGCAAAUCCUUCGGGUGUUUACAGCGUCUGACCUGUGGUUCUUUGCCAAUUUGGAUGCCACUACAUUUCUACUUUCAUUCAGGAAGAAUCUCUGGGUUAAAAGUUAGAGAGAGAGAGGAUUUCACCUCCUCUUGACCUCACACACUCCAUAGCAUGAAGUAAUUACCAUCAAUUCAGGGACUUUCUGAUGAGGAAGAAAGGAAAUACCAUGUGUAAUGUCUGAUAAAUAAAUCUGUCUGUUUGCACUCUGUAGGCAUCUGCUUCUCAAUUUUUGCAUUUUUUUAGAAAAUAUUUUUUCAGA